GGUCACGUCACUGUGAGAGUCUUCAAGUUGUCAUAGAGUACCGGUAACAAUUGACCAGAUAACAUCUAAGCUCCGUUCAUACGCGUGACUUCAGUUAUCGAGCCUGGCCAGGGACCAGUGCAACCAUGGCGCCUAAAACCACACCUAAGGCUGCGCCAGAAAAGGGCAAACCGGAAUUCAUUCAUCCAUCGGCCAAGCAUGCCCGGAAAAAGGCGAUCAAGGAUGCUUUUGCCAUGGAGCCCAUCUCGGCAUUCUAUAUCUUCCUCGGCGCCAACCUCAUCUCGGCCGUCUUCUCCCCGAUCCAGGAUUGUGACGAGACCUUCAACUACUGGGAGCCCACGCACUACCUCAGCCAUGGAUACGGCCUGCAGACGUGGGAGUACUCGCCGGACUACGCCAUCCGCAGCUGGCUGUACAUCGCUAUCCAUGCCCUCGGGGCCAACGUUCGCCGCCUACUGCCGCACUCGUCCAAGGUGGCCGAGUUCUACUUCCUUCGGUACCUGCUCGCCUUUGUCUGCGCGCUCAGCCAGACGCUCAUGUGGCGUACCGUCUGUCUGGCCGUGAACCCGCGUGUUGGCCUGUUCUUCAUCGUGGCGCUGGUCUUCAGCCCGGGCAACUUCCAUUCCAGCACAGCCUACCUCCCGUCCAGCUUCGCCAUGUACAUGGCCAUGGUGGGCGCGUCUGCGUUCAUGAACUGGCGCGGCGGGCUCAAGACGUCGCAGGGAAUGUUCUGGUUCGCUCUGGGGGGUGUCCUCGGCUGGCCGUUUGCCAUAGCAUUGUGCGCCCCUUUUGUGGCGGAGGAGGUCUUCUUCGCAUUGGUGGGUGACAAGGAACGCUUCUUCGAGUCGUUUAUUAGGCUAGUUCGCGGCGUGGUAGCAACAUUACUCCUCGUUGCCUUCGACACGGCCAUCAACACCUUCUUCUACAAGAAAGUCGAGGUCGUCUCCUGGAAUAUCAUCAAGUACAACAUCUUCUCUAGCACCGGGGGGCCCAACCUCUACGGCACCGAACCAUGGACCUUCUACUUCAGAAACCUGCUCCUGAAUUUCAACGUCUGGUUCAUCCUCGCGCUCCUCUCGCUCCCGCUCUUCCUCCUCCAAAAGCUCUUCUCCCGGCGCAGCGCAGGCGAGUCCUUCCAGUCCGGCCUGCGCACUCUCGUCUUUCUCUCGCCUUUCUACAUGUGGCUCGCCAUAUUCACCUUGCAGCCGCACAAGGAAGAGCGGUUCAUGUACCCGGCCUACCCCUUCCUGGCGCUGAACGCCGCCCUGGGGCUGCACAUCCUGCUCUCCCUUUUCGGCAACGCCGACCCUGGCUCCCUCGUCGGCCGCAUCCCGGCCAAGGCCAAGCUUGCCGUCGUGGCGCUGGGCCUCCUCGCGUCGGUCGACAUCGGCCUCGCCCGCAUCUGGGGGCUCUACUCGGGCUACCACGCGCCCCUGUCCAUCUACAAGCCCCUCGCCGACGGCACCGUCGGGGGGGCGGGCGACACGGUCUGUUUCGGCAAGGACUGGUACCGCUUCCCCUCGUCCUUCUUCCUGCCGCGCGACAUGCACGCCAAGUUCAUCCGCUCCGAGUUCCGCGGCCUGCUGCCGGGCGAGUUCUCCGAGGCGCGCACGGGUUUUGGCUUCUGGAGCGGGACCUGGCUGCCGACGACCGGGCUGAACGAUCGCAACGAGGAGGAUCUGGGCAAGUAUGUCGACCUGAAGACGUGUGUUUUCCUGGUCGAUACCCAGUUCUCCGAGCGCUCGGCGGUGGGCGACGAGGAUCAGGUGGGGGAGUUGCCGCCCAACGAGCCGGACUAUGUUGCGGAUGUCGAAAGAUGGGAGCAGGUCAAGUGUGUGCCCUUCUUGGACGCCGAGAAGACGCAUUUUCUGGCGAGGACGCUGUGGUUGCCGGAUUGGGGGAUCGUGCCGGAGAACUUCCGGCGGCGGUGGGGGCGGCAUUGUCUGUUAAAGCAGAGGAGGUGAGAAAAGUGUAGAUGGUUUAGUAUUUAUGAGCAUGGCAUUGGGAGGUUCUGAGAUAGAUUUAGUGUCGAGUUUCCUAGUCAGUUGUUAGGCAUACUCGGGAUGCCGGGUCCUGCGAGCUUAUACAUGGGAAGGAGCAGGUUUUAUGGAGUUGUUAGGACAUAUCCUUGGUUCUUCACUACUACCUACCUAGACUGUCAGACGUGUUUGUUGCGAAUUUGGCUUUUACUGAGUCUUUCACACUCCGCUCGUUUAGACAUAUUGUAAGCAUCCCUGAUCCAAUAUUGAGAAAAAAAGAGUUUGCCAAGGAAAUUGUGGCAAGAUGAAAUGAA